GAUCUCGCGAGAUUUCGCGUCACUUCACAUCUGGCGGGAAAAAUCAAGAUGGCAGCGAAAGUUUGUUGUUGACGAGUUUUCCUAACGUAUCGUCAGGUUUUCACAAGAAACUAUCAUCCCAAAAGAACUGUCUUCUAUCCCCUGGAGAACAUCACAGGCCGUCUCAGACUAUACUAGAACUCAGCUCCAUGGCAAAGACAAAGACAACCAAGCGGAGGAGGAGCUCUAGUGAUGAUGCAACAGCGACCAAGAAGAGUCGAGCGGACGGUAAGGCGGUGUGUCCAGGAGGGGUGUUGGAGGACCACUCUGUGUUUGGGCAGCUUGUCGGACGGGCGGGGCUGGUGCUGACAACAGGAAACCAACCCAACCAACUCUCUGUGGACCAGGCAGUGUUCCAGAGGAACCUCAGAUUGGCCAUCAAGAAACAUCAGGACUAUCCACAGGUUGUUGAUGAAUUUAUGGAGGGACUACUGGCUCAUGUGGAGGACCCUGAUAGGUUUAGUAGCAGCCUGUUGGCCACAGUGACAGCAGCAGAAUGUGAAGACAGUUGCCGUGGAGGAAAGCAGGACUGUAUGAUGAGACUUCUACUGGGAGUGGAAAUUAUCCAGCCCAAGGUGAUGAUAGUUCUACUGGAGAAGUUGCCAGAGUUCAUGGGUGAUGAUGAUCAGGUGUUUGACAGUGAGGCCAUGGCCCAGAUCCCCCGACUCAUACUCAACCAGUUCCGCUGGCUGGACAGGAUCGUGGACAGUAAGCUGUUAUGUAGGAAGAUGUUAGAGAUGCUGGGGAUCACUACACUGGACAUCCAGAGAGACAUCAUCUCCUGUCUACCUGAGGUCAUCGAGGACACUGAACACAACAACGUGGCCGCACAGCUCAAAGACAAGUUGAAUGACAGACAACUCAUGGUGGCAGUCUUGGAUGCUCUCUCUAACCUGAAUGUUCGACCAGAUCUUAUGACUGAGAUCCGUCUGGCUGUUCUACGGAAGGUUCCCGGAGUAGAGCUACAGGACCUGCCGGUGGUGGUCAAGUUUCUACUGCAGUCUGUCUCUACCUAUGAUGCUGUGGAGGUUGUACGAGAAUUACGGGACCAGCUAGACUUGACACCAGGUCUGUCUGCAGACAGGGGAGCUGCAGCAGGGAACUCUUCCCGUGGCAGUGAGGCCCUGAUACUGGACGCCAUACGGUCAGGUAUCACCUUCCAGAAGGCUAUUGCUGAAGCCUGGAUAAAGGCUGUAGAAAAUGUCCCAAAUGCAGCAGAACACAAGGAUAUAGAUGUUCUUGUUCUGCUGUUGCUCCACUCUACUGCGGUGAGUAAGACACGGCGCAGGGCCGUGGAGGGGCUGCUGAGGGCGAAGGUUCGCGCUGGUAGGUUCACUCACGACCUGCUUAGGAAAACCUUCACUACUCAUGCACAGAUCCUACGUGAGUACUUCCAGUCAGUGUUGACCAUAUCAGAGGUUCUCCUGCGGUCCCCAGAGCCAGCUGUGGAGUUGUUUGGGUGCCACAUGUACCAGGAAGCCUUCAGUGCUUUUGACAUGUACUGUAGACAGGAGGUGGUUGGUUCCCUGGUGACCCACAUUGGGAGCGGAGUGACCAGUGAGGUGGACUCAGCGCUGGACGUGUUGUGCCAGCUGGUCAGGGACAUGCCGUCCGCCAUGGCACCAUUCUCUGUCUUCAUCAAGGGAGUUCUGGACUACCUGGACAACCUGACGGUAGCACAGAUCCGUAAGCUGUUCUCCAUGCUGGGUACCCUGGCGUUCUCCGGUACUCAGGACGGAGCACACAUCCAGGACGACAUGCACAUCCUCAUCAGGAAACAGCUGUCCAACACUACACCCAAAUACAAGAGAAUGGGGGUGAUUGGGGCCAUCAUGGUGGUUCGAAGCCUUGGUGCAAAAAGACAGGAGGGAGCCCCCGCUAUCAGUAAGGAUUUCUAUGACCAGAUAACCAGCCUACUGGGUAUGGUCCGGACCAGCUGUCAGCACAUGCCUGAUGAGUACGCACUGUUCAUGGAUGAGCUGGCCUGUGUCAUGCAGAAAAGACAGCUGGAUGAAAAAGUGGAGGCGUGGAUCAGUGAGGAUGUCCUGACAGACUUCCAGGAUGACUAUGUGGUGGAUGUGGAGGCUGACAGGAUCAGUCAAAGUUCCACGACCCUGCCCCUGGACCUGUGCUAUAACCUUGAGGAUGGAGAUGAGCUAGAGGAGGGGAACAUUGCAGUGAACUUGCUGCCACUGCUGGAGGCUGCUCAGGAGAUGAAGGGUUCUCCUGCCAGGAAGGGCAAGAAAAGGACGGUGUCCCCAGGGUGCCUGGCCCCACACUUCCGACUGCUGCGGUACUGUGAACAGGCCCAGAGGGGUGGGGACUUGGAGGGGAUAGAUGCACUACUGGGUUGCCCCAUGUACCUGUUUAAGGAGGAGACAGUAGAGAAGAUAGAGUCCCUGUCUGUACAUGAGAGGGAGCUGAUGUGUACAGCACUGUUCCACACACUCAACUGGUUCAGGGAGGUCAUCAACGGUUUCUCCAGCCAGAGUGACGCAGAGAUGAGAGGGAAGGUGUUGGUACGGCUACAGAACAUCACACAUGUGCAGGGGCUGCUCAGGACAUGUCUGGCAGCUACACCAGGGUUUGUCCCACCCAGGGCCAUCUUUGACUGUGAGGUUGAGACCAUAUCUGUACCAGCUCCUGGUGCUGCUAGAAAGGGAAGGAAAAAAGGAGCAAAAGGGGGUAAAAAGUCGCCUGUGGGAGAGAAGUCACCAGACCCAAAUGACACCAUCUCAUCGACAACUGGAACUCAAGAUGGGACCCAGGCAGAAAAGCAGGACUCCACUGAGGGAGACAAGGAUGACAAACAGGCCAGUGUGAACCUGGAACAUUACAGGGCUUUCUUUAGAGAGUUGGACCUGGAAGUUUUCUCCAUCCUGAAGUGUGGGAUGGUGUCCAAGUCUGUACUGGACACAGAGAUGCACACAAAGGAGACUACUGUACUGGAGCUGCAGCCCAGAGAGCUGCUGUUCCUUCUGAAGGACCUGAACCUCAAACUUGAACAUGUUCUUAUUGCAACAGCCAAACGCAAAACUUUCCUCAAGACCAAGAGUGAGCGGAACAGUGGUUUCUCGCACCUGGACCAGUACACUGCUCAGGAGGUGGCUGAACAGGUGGUGCAGCUGCUGCCAGCUCUGUGUGAUCACCUGGAGGCCACCUGCACCUACUUCCAGACCCUUCUGGAGGAGAAUGAUGGGGUGGUGGAUGGUCCCUGGCGACACCAGGCACAAACACAGCUCAUGUCUGCUGUCUUCUCCCAGCUGCUACAGGCACUGGCAAGGGUCUUCUCAUGGAAUGGGUUCACUGGUACUGAUGGUCAGAAGCUCCUACAGCAGGCUGUGAACACGCUGGCCGGCAGGAUGAAGGUGUCGUCCACCACACAGGCCUCCAGCCAGGACACCAUCUCACACGCCUUCAGAUACGUGGAGAACUUCCUGAGCACUGCACCCAGCCUCAGUACCACCGUCUGUCUCAUCAGGCUGCUCGUCUCCAUCUCUGAUAAGGGCAGCCAACCAGAACUCUUCAACUCCAACAUAGUGGUGCAGCAUAUGCUAACUAAAAAGAAGAAACUGUUUUCUGAAACUUCUUUUGAUUGGAUUGUUGCGUACUGGUUCCCUACUGCAGCUGAACAUACCCAGACCAUCCUGAAGAGAGAAUGGAUAGGAAAAGAUGGACAGAGGGAGAAGGGGGCCAAGUGUAAUGAGGACUUACAGUUUGUUCUGAAGACCUUCCUUGAUUACUCGGAAGACAAGUUGUCGUGUAUCGAGCACCUAGCAACUGUGGGGAUACCAGAACUGGUGGAGGCAGACAAGAACGGCUGCUCCAACUCCUACCCAACACUUACAAGGCAGUCCCUUGGUGUAUUCUACCGUGCAAUGAUGAGUGAGCUUGUCGUGUGUGUUAAGGACAUCCCAGCUGGGAAAGUAUCAGAUGCUGCAAAGGUUCAAGUUGAAAGACUGUUCCGUUGGAGCAUUGCUGUCAGGAUUUUCCAUAUCCUGAUCAACUUGGUCAAGGCAUUUGAUGGCAGAGUCUACCUUGGAGCAGCUCAAAAGUAUGGCCGUAUGUUUGUGGAGGUGUUCUUGCGACAGGGUAUGCCGGUUCUUGAUAACGUCUUCAAGACACACAAGGACGAUGUGCACAGCCUACUGAAGAACCUUCAGCUCAGUACUCGGGCCAUGCACCACAUGUGCGGCUUUUCCAAGGUCAGCAAGGACGUGGUGCUGACCAACUACGUGCCACUGGUCAAGAAAACCCUGGAGAUGUUUGUGUAUCGGGUCAAGGCCAUGCUGACCAUGAACAAGUGCCUGGACGCCUUCUGGCUGGGCAACUUGAAGAAUAGGGACUUACAGGGUGAAGAGAUCAGUUCCCAGGCCUAUGCUGACCCGACUCCUGCUGACGGACAGUCAGAUGACGACACUGAUAACGAUGCCACAGAGCUGCCAGAUGAUGAUGAUGACGAUAGCGACACUAUGAACCUGGAAGAAGAAAGUGUGGGCAGCAAUGACAGUGUGGAUGGAGAAUCAUAUAGUGAGAGCUACUAAUAAACAUCAAGUGGACCAUCCUCCUAACGCCCGGUC